UCCCAAAUUCCGUUAGUGUGUCCGAAUCUAAACUUUAGUAAAGAACCAACAUAUCUGAAUUCUGAAGAAAUAACGUGUUUAAUUUAUUUGAAAAUGGUCAAAAUAAUAAAUUUUGUGUUUUUGUUCAUUGUUUCAACAAUUUAUUUGAAUGUUGCAACAGGCUAUAAAUGGGAAACAGUGAAAGAAGAAGUUGGAAUUCCGAAUAACACCAUUGAACUCGGUUUUACAUCCUAUGUUGGACGUGUUGUCCAAUAUAAUUCGAUUCUACCCGCCGAAGUGUUUAAUAGCUCGUAUGCCGUUGCAUUUGAUUUCAAGACAAAAACUGAAUUCAACACUAAGCAAUUUGAAGUUUUAACAUAUUCAGACAAAGAAAUAUGUCAAUGGAAAUAUUUGGACAAUCUGCGCGAUGUUCCAGAGAAUGUAGUUCGUGUGGGAAGAUCUUGGGACCGUGAACCGAUUUAUUUAGGAGCUGCUUACUAUUAUGUUGAGGAAAAACACAUUGCAUCAAUACUUUUGACAUCAAACAAGUUUAUAUCUAAAGCCUAUACACGCCAUUAUGCUCUAUUUUGUGAUGAUAAUCCAUCCUGGAUUGAUGCAACUUAUCCAAAAAUUCCAUCUAAUACAGUCCGUUUAAGUGAACAUAAUAUCGUUGCUCGAUUAGAGGGACCAUAUUCCUUAAUUCCGGCCAUUUAUAAUAACAUCACCAGAGACUGUUCAUCAGUUUUUAAGAGAAUUGAAAUUAAUUCGUUGUCUUGUCAGGUUUUAACAACGAAUUCAAGUGAAUACAGCUGGAAAGCACCUGGAAAAUUUGAACGCAUCCCUGAGAAUGCUGUAGCUCAAGGUCGUGACGAAAAUAAUGAGUUGGUGUACAUUAGCAGGGACCACUUUCAAAAUUUUGCUCCUAUUACCUUUUCAAAAGUCACAUUUGCUAAAUAUACGUAUGAAGUUCUAGUAAAGAAUGAGGUUUAAAACCUAACGCUAUGAUAGUUUAAUUGAGGAACUUAAACAAAAUUUGAAAUCUUCUGGAAAUAAACGACUUGUGUUACAAUU